AUGUCUGGCAUCGGUUUCAGAGGUACAUAUGCUGUUAGGAAAAACCUGAAACCAUCACAGCUCCGACUGGAAGCUCGCCUUAGACAAAAGUUACGAAGUCACAAUGAAUUCAUCAGUCAUUGGUUCCGUCAUUUCUCCAAAGCUGCUCAUGCCCAAAAUACCGAAGCGCUCAAGGAAUUUGGAAUCCCAAGCUGGUCUGAUGCUGCUUGGGAAAGUUAUCAGAAGGAUCCGACUCCCUUAUGCUCAAAUGUCAUCGUGACGUCAAACGACUUCUCCAAUAAGGUACACUGUGAUAAAGAUAAAAAUGUUUUCACAUACGGCAUAUUUAGCUACAUUGACCGAUCAACUGGAAGUCCUAUUUUACCACCUGCCAACAUCCGUGACCAUGCGCUUCGAUUCCCUGAAUUUGACUGCAACAUCAACUUUGGAACAACUCCAGGUAUCAUUGAAGUUUUAUGGAAAAGCAAUGAACUCGCUCAUCACACUAUUGGCCCUCCGGAAGGGCUCAAAUCGACCAAGAAAACCACUCACUUUGGUUGUUCCUUCCAGAUUUCUCAUCGACUUGUCGCAAGGGCCAUGAAGCUCAAGAAUUUAUCACCUGAAGCCAAAAGGAAGAAAACCAUGGAUCAAGAUGAAAGAUCUCAAAAUAAGCACCCCAGGAGUAGUUAG